UUUUUUUUUUAUUUUUUUUAACCAACAUCUUACCACCUUACAUAACAGAAUGUAUAAUAACUUGGAUCAACAGCAGAACCAGCUGAUAGCAGCUAAUUGUAGAAAUGGGGUUAUCAACAGCUCAAGCAAUAUGCAAUUUUCAUCGUCUUCCCCACAGCAUAUGAGAUCGUCAUCUUUUCCAAGCACAUUUAGCAUUCAACAGUAUCAGUCCAUACCUAUUCACCCUUCAUCCAAUUCGUCAUUCCAUAAUGUGCCUGUAUACCAGUUUAAUAGCAAUUCACCCACUGCUGCAACACAAUGGUUUGGAACUAGCUUAGACUCGAGUAGUUCCUUCGGACAGUCUCCUGUGUUCACAGGUCAGGAGUUACAGGUUACACCAUCAAAUUCAUCGCAACUUUUCGAUGAAAUUGCAAUGAAUAAUAAUGAAGAGGAUGAAGUGACUCAGAGGAAUCAUCAAGAAAUCUAUGAACGUAGAAGGAAGCGAAGAGAAUCACAUAAUGCAGUCGAAAGAAGACGACGUGAUAAUAUCAACGAAAGAAUACAAGAACUUUCUACGCUUCUUCCAGAUCAUUUGUUGGAAUCUGUGCCUGCCAGUGCCAAUGUAAUAACUCUGACGACUGGUCAAAGUGGGACAAAUGGAAAGCCGAUUAAUAAGGGCACAAUACUGAAGCUUUCAGUAACAUAUAUAAAAGAAUUGAGGGAGGAAGUGGUUAUGUCAAAGAGCAGGAUCGAUGAAUUGCAGCAAUUAAUUGAAAACGCGGAAAGAAGUAAGGGCUCCAAUCCUACUGUAAGAGCAAACAAUAAUAGAUCAAAAGAAAGUUCUGGUUCGCUCCUCAACUUGGGCUCAUCAAUGCAGUUUCAACAGCAAUUUGGAAGAUUACAUAUCGCUGCUGGAGACGAAUAGAUGUUUAAUAACGACUCGAGGAAAAGCCGUAACAAAGUGAAAUUUAUAAAGUACAGUUUAUCAGGGAUAAUAGAGUGUUAUAGAUGUUUGUGAACAAAUACUUUGUACAACUGCAAAGGCAGUUUUCUGUAACAUAAAGCUACUUCGCAUUCUGUAUCACACUAAAAGCAUCAGAUUGUAUUGUUGACUUCCUUGUAAACAGUGUGGCUUCUGUAAAUCGAGAGUAUACUUAAAGUGGAAUUUUACUCAUGUCUUGACAAUGAGUGAGACGGUUUGACAAACAAGGUAUAUUUUUUUAUGAAAGCAAUGAUCUGCCUUUGGAUGCUGAUUGCUGAACAUUAAUCGAUUCAUGGAAAGUAAGUGCCUGGCGAUGCUGUAUUUCUAUUCUGCUUUGACGGAUUUUUU